AAAAUCAGUGGAGAGUGGAGACUACAUUUCAGUUCACUACAAUAGAUAGUGUAAAAAGUAUCGGCAAUUCGGCAAAGAUUGUGGCUAACAUUAACAAUAUGAUUAUAUGAUAUACACCCAUCAAAUCAUCAAUGACAUCAAGAAAUUCUACUUCAUUUAGGGCAUCUGGGCAACGUUCCAUUCCUUCCACCUUCCUUUCUCGCCCUAAUUAUUCAUGUUUCACAAGUAAUUCAAAUGCUUCUGGUGUAACUUCAGACAAAAACAAGGGUCAUUCGAAUGUCUCUCUUUCUUCUUUCCUCAAUCGUAAAUUGCAUAAAACUUCUGUUCUUCCUAUUAACAAGGAUAACAAGAAAUACUCGGUAGUUGAAAAGGAGAGUUCUUCUUUGGCAGUGGAGUGUAAUCCCCAAAAUGAGUCAAGUGCUGGAGUUGAGCAAUGUGGUUUUGAAGGACCUCGUGAUGGAGGAGCGUGUGUGAUUGAAGAUUCCGUGUUUAAGCUGUUUAAUGAUUCAGGAGGGAGAGUCAGAAAGAGGUCUUCUGACUGCAUAACUGGAGCAUCAAGGCUUGAAGGUGAUUCAAAGCAGCAGAGUCAAAAGCAUUUGUUAGUUCUUGGAGAUGACCCAAAACCGAAGAGAAGAGCACAUGAAAGAGUUUCAUGUAGCUAUAAGGAACCAAGGCCUCUAUACAACCAUUAUGAAAGUGGAACUGGUUGGUGGGAACCUGAGAGAGAAGGUGUUGACAGUGAUGAAGUUGGGAGCGCAGAAGUAUGGGAAGGCAUGGGUUCGACAACACUAGGAGGGCUUGAUUGGCACGGAUAAGUUAAGCAUGUUUAACCAUCUUUAGCUAGUUAUGAACCGUCAUAACUGAGGACUCUGUCCACACUUUCUUAUGGUUAUGAUAAGAAUUUACUCUGUAUUGAGAGAUUAAGCAAUGUUAGUGCUCUAUGGAUGAAGACUUAUACCAAAUUCUACAUCUAAGUUGAAUUUCUAA